AUGGAGGUAUCUACAUACGUUGAUGGUCUUGUUGACAAUGCUACUACGUCAUCCGAUGCGCUGACUUCCACAGUGACGUCACCAGGCGUUGUGCACAUUCCAUCUAUUGGACACGAUAUAAUUGGAGGCGUUCUCAUCGUUACGAUGGCGGUUGGAAUUUGUACCAACUCUUUAGGUAUAGCGAUAUUUAUCAAAGACAAGACUCUAAGGUCACCUACGAACCUAUUUAUUGCGGGUCUUGCUUUGUGCGACCUUUCCAUGUUGGUGGUAGCUACGCCACUCCCGACUGCUUCUAGUUUCGCUCAUCGCUGGCUGUGGGGUCAUACCGGAUGUGUGUUCGAGGGUUUCAUGGUGUACUUCCUUGGACUGACCAGUCUGUACCUCCUGUGUGCCAUAUCUGUUGACCGAUAUAUCGUCAUUGCAUUGCCGCUUAAGAUUGCUCUGGUGACGAAGCGUGCUGCUACUUUAACCAUUGUAGCAUGUUAUGGCCUCGGAUUUUUCUGGGCUAUGCUUCCUCUUGUUGGAUGGAACUCUUAUCAACUCGAGGGACUGAUGACGUCAUGCAGCGUUGUCUGGAAUACAUCAAAUCCUAAGGAUUACAGUUAUAAUGUUGUCAUCUUCUUCACUUGUCUAAUAUUUCCUAUCGGCGUCAUGGUAUAUUGCUACUACCACGUGUAUAUGACGGUUCGAACCGUUACCCGGAACAACCAGUGGGACACCAGCAGUCGUAUAGCCAAAAGGAAUCUAGAAGUGGAGCGCAAGAUUUCCAGGACAAUCUUAGUCAUGAUUGGAGUGUUCAUUGGGUCGUGGACGCCAUACAGCAUAGUAUCGUUCUGGGCCGCCUUUGGAGUCGCUAGUGAUAUUCCUGUCGCUGUGGCUGGUGUCCCGCCUUACAUAGCUAAGACGGCUUCCGUUUGGAACCCAAUCAUCUACAUAUGUACAAACAAACAGUUCCGAAGGUCAUUCUUUAAUAUACUGCCUUUUGCCAACCUGCAGAGAGAAUCCGAAGAAGAACAAGUAGAGUCGUGCGAAAUGAUGGCCGCCGGUUCAAACGAAGCCAGUGUCAGCAAAAUUCAAAUUCGGCCGUUGCAGCCGACAGACUGUCAUAUGACUCCCCAGCAUGAUAACCCGGAUGUAUCUGUAGCUCACCAGGCGAGACAAUCUGUUGAUAACUGCAACAUAGUCCAUGAUGACGUCAUGCAAGAAAAUUGUGUAGAACAGAUACAUAUCCCGCGACAAGUUGUAAACGAGUGUUAG